AUGGAUGAACUUGCCCGACGGGGCUUUGCCUUGGUCCUCAUCAGCCGCUCCCAGGAGAAGUUGGAUGACGUCUCAAAGUCGCUGGAGUGUCUGUACAAUGUGGAGACGAAGACCAUUUCUGUGGAUUUUGGGUCCUUAGACGUGUAUCGCACUAUCGAAAGCGGAUUGGCUGGCCUGGAGAUCGGAGUCUUGGUGAACAACGUUGGAAUCUCCUAUUACUACCCUGAGUUCUUCCUUAACAUCCAGCAUUUAGAAAGUUUCAUCAACACCAUGAUAAACGUCAACAUCUCGUCAGUCUGCCAGAUGACACGCCUGGUGUUGCCCGGGAUGGUGGAACGGUCCAGGGGUGUGGUGCUCAACAUCUCAUCAGCAAGUGGCAUGUACCCCAUUCCCCUACUCACCGUUUACUCUGCCACCAAGGCAUUUGUGGACUUUUUCUCACGAGGGCUUCAUGCGGAGUAUAAGAACAGAGGGAUCAUCGUGCAGAGCGUGCUCCCAUUCUUCGUGGCCACGAAGAUGACCAAAAUCAGGAAGCCCACUCUGGAUAAGCCCACCCCAGAACGCUAUGUAGCUGCAGAGCUGUCGACUGUGGGUCUCCAGAACCAGACCAAUGGCUAUUUUCCCCAUGCUAUCAUGGGCUGGGUCACCACGGCCCUGGUUCCCAUCAGUGUGGUCAUCCAUCUUGGCAUGCAGAUGCACAAGGCCCAGCGUGCCAGAUACCUGAGAAGGAGGAAGCAGCACUGAAACCUCGUCAUUGGCUGGAGGGGGACGUGGGAGGAGUCUUCUGAUGCUGCCCUCUGACUCCUGUGAUUUGUAGUUCGUGCUCAUUCCCAUUGAGUCGCUGUCUACAGAGUGCUAUGCGUCGGUAUUCCGGGAUACUGGGCUCUGUCUUUUUUCUGGGGUUCGGGUUUCUGUCUCCGUCUUGUUUACAUUGGGUGGGGUCUGCGUGUCCGUGAGACGGUGAAUGUUUGGUGACGUAUCGAUGACCUGUGACAAGUGAAAUGUCUCACAAAACGCGUUUGACCCAAAGGUGGAAUUUCUGUCAGUCUUAACUUUUUUUCAUAUAUAUACACAAAAGCAACUUAUUUCAAAGAAUGUGGUUUCAGCUACCCUUUUUUAAAGAUUGAUAGAAUCAACAUUGUACCUCUGUGGCUAUUUUGUGACAUAAUACUGGAGUUUGUCUGACGUGU